UGCAUUUUGCCUCAUUAUCAUUAAUGUUUUUAAUAAAAACUAUAUAAAUAAUAUCAUAAAUAAAAUAUAACUUUCAACAUGCUGCGGAAAAAGACCUCAAAAACACAAACUGUGUCGGAUAAAAUUUCAGAGUUGUUGACGCGUAAUGCCAACGGUGAAGACGACAGCAGCGAUGAGCAAGAUGAAGACCCACGUGUGGAGGAGGAAUUCGAUGAAUACGAUUUGCCGGAUGCACGCACAUCCGAUAUAAGAAAACGUAAUGUAAAGUUGUUGUCAGAGCAAAGUGCGCGUUAUAGAGGUAAAAUAUCAUCGCGAAAUGAACUUGAGGAAGAGGAUGAAGAAGAUUCUUCAGCGGAUGAACAUAGUGACGAAGAACAAGAGGAAGAUGUAGAUGAGAACUCCUCCGAAGAUGAUAAUAAUGAUGCUUUAGAAGCAUUCACUAAAAAGAUGAAUGGUGGUGUUGUUAAAAAAAAUGCAGUUGUGUCGGCAGAAGAUGACAGUGAUGAUGAUAUGAAUGAGAACACUAAUUUUGAAAAUGAAAGUGAAGAAAGCGAUGAGGACGGAGAUGAAGAUGUCGAAGAAGGCGAUGAAGAAGAGGAUUACGAAGAUAGUGAUGAUGAAGAUGGCGUAGAGAAUGAUGACGAUGCCAGUGAAGAAGAGCAUGCAGACGGUACAGAUAUAAUCGCUGAAACAAAUCGUCAAGCUGAGGUGCAAAAAGGACAGUGUGUACAAAAUCAGCUACAAAUUUGGGAACGUUUAUUGGAAAUGCGGAUACACACACAAAAACUAAUUACCAAAUCCAACCAGCUUCCUGCACCUGAUACACUCAAAGCACUUCAGCAAGAUAAUGAAAAAUUAAAUGCAAUAUCGCGUGAAUCAGUUAGCAGUGUUAGUAAAUUACUUAGCACUUUGGUACAACUACAAAAUGCUUUUGAUCAGCAAUUCUCUGAACAACGCUAUGCAUUGAAGAAGACGUUAAAACGGCCGCUACCCAAACUCGAUACUGAAGGGAACAACGCUGUGCCGUUAAAACGUUUUGCAGAACAUAUUGAUGCACAUUUCCAGGAAUUUAAAUCCUAUCGCAAUUCGGUGCUGCUCAAGUGGGACGAUCGCACUAAAUUGCUAACACCUGGUGCUGGUGCUAAGAAAAAGUCGCUCACUGAGGAUUAUGAUAUCAUACGUAAAAUUGAAAAUACAUUACAAAAUCGCAGCACACUCAUUGAAAAAUCGCAAACAUCUAAAGACGGUGAUGAGACUACUACAGAUAAAGAACUAGCUGAAAAUGGUAAUAGUGAAAGUAAACAAAAGUCCAAACGCAAUGUGGAACUUUAUGAUGAUAGCGACUUUUAUCAUCAGCAACUGCGUGAGCUUAUCGAAUAUAAGAGCAGCACAUCAGUCAGUGCCAGUGAAGUGACGCAACAGUACAUGGAGCUGCAAAAGUUGCGUCAAAAAAUGAAGAAAAAGGUCGACACACGCGCGAGCAAGGGACGUAAAUUGCGCUAUACGGUGCAUAAUAAGCUGAUAAAUUUCAUGGCGCCUGACGACACAUCAACAUGGACGGAGGAAUCAAAAGAGGAAUUGUAUAGAUCAUUAUUUGCAGCUUAGAUUACAAUUAUGUGGAAAAGUGUAACGUGUAAAUAAAAUGAACUGUGCCUGUGUAAAAAAUCAA